AUGGCAGACUCCAUGUGCGCGGGUGGCAGGGGGAAGACCUGCUCCUUCUUCGCGCUUACAGUUUACAACGAGGUUCCUGCCCUCCGACCCUGCAACACAGAGGGACAGAAAAACCCUCACCUACCCCCACAGCCAUCCAAGCCAGCGGCGAGCUGCACAGGCGAUUCGAGCAAGCAGGUGACAGCUGCUGCACUGAGGGGAUGGAACACCGUGCACCGAACAUUCCCGCCAGGGAUGACCAAGCCUGCUUCUUUAACCCCAAGCGAGAUACCCCUCCCUGCAAGAGGACCGACCUCAUACUCACCUCCCACCCAGCCUGCAACAAGACGACCCAGAAAGCAGCAAGCUCAUGCGGACAACACCCAGUUCCCUACCAUGGCUGACACCAGCCUCCAGAUGUCUAAAAGUGGCAAGCUCAACAUACCAUGGCUGCAACCCAAGGGAACCCAGUGA